CAAGAAAUCCCCGUGAAUCCCCGCCUCCGCAGUAGGGCGGUUACAGUAAACUAACUUUAACUUUACCAGUUCGUUCAUUUCUUAAAUAGGUUGACGUUAAACUAGCUAUAUCAGGAUGAUUUCCGCCGAGUCAAGCAAGUUUCCUGUGUGGUUUAUCAUCUUGGCUUUGCUCUCCCUCCUUGUGUCGGCUACCUCUUCUUCCAAUGAAGGGCAAAAUAGAAGCCAGCCUUGUGUCGAUGGCACAUACGAACAUGAGGGGAGGAACUGUUGUCUGUGUGGUGCUGGUCUGCACCUGAAAGAGCACUGCACUACGAAUCUACAAUUUGGAACAUGCGAGACCUGUCCUAAGGAGACAUACAGCAUUUACCCUAAUAACCAGAAGUCCUGUGAGCCCUGCACAUCCUGCUUACAACCCAAUGCCAAUCUAGAGGUGGAAGAACCUUGUACCCCUGCCAGGGACACUAGGUGUCGAUGUAAACAUAAUCACUAUUGCAGCAGCGACAUAAAACCCUGUAAAAUCUGCAACCCUUGUAAAGUAUGUGCUAAGGGUAUCAAAGUAGACUGUACAGCCAACAGUGACAGAGUCUGCAAUGACAAAACUGAAGGGGAUAAUAAAGUAGCGAUAAUAGUCGGCAUAAUUGUCAUAGUGGUUGUCAUUGGACUUGCUAUUGGACUCCUUUUGAAGAGGAGACGCAACCGAAAGAGACAACACCAAGUCGAACUGACAGAUUUUAAUGCAGCUGAGCAGAGUCAGUUUCUUAGAGCUCCAGUUGUGGAUCUCCAGCCUCACCUGCCUGACAUUGCAGAAGUGAUUGGAUGGAGGGAUUUGGAGGUUGUAGCGAUCCGCAGCUCUAUACCAAACACUGCUAUUGAGGCUUGUAAAAUUAACCACCCUCAUAGUAUUGAGGAGGCGACACUUGAACUACUAAAGAUCUGGGUGGAGAAGAAUGGCAGGGAGGCUUCAAGAAACUUGGUCCAAAUACUACAAAGGAGUGGUAAAAGGGACAAAGCAGAGAAGGUGAUGGAUAUAUUGUCUAGACCAAAUGCUGUAUGAACUACCAGUUGAGAUGUUUACAUGAUAGAAUUGAAAUGUAAAUACGGAUUUAAAGGUGUUGUUCAUUUUCAAAAUAUGUGUUGCCCAUUCACAAACUUGUCCUUUUUCAUGAAUAUUUACCUCCACCAUCAAUUCCAAGUAUUCCU